ACGCAUCGCAAGAGCGCAGUCAUGGGCGCUCUAGAACGUUCCCGCCUCGGCAAUCGAUCGUCGUCUUCGAUCGAGUGAGUGACUGUGCAGUGCAUUCUUGUGACGUGUGAGAGAGGAGUCGAGAGCCCAAUCGAUGAUCGACACGGACGAGGGCCAGGGCGACGGAGAGGGAAUGCUGUUUGGCUGGUGAUUUGUGUUUAGUGAAUGAAUGUCGAGGUUGUUGGGCCUCAUCUCGCAUCGGGUUAGAGGCGGGAGCGAUUGCUGGUCCCGAGGACGACCAGAAGUUUCGUGCAGGUCUGUGAGUGCGCUGCUCGUCGUGAAAUUCUAGCAUUUUCUCACUGCUGCUGGUUCUGGCGCUGAAUAUCUGCCAAAGUCAGGCAGGCAGGCAGGCAAUCUGACGCCGAAGGUGUUUCAGGUGCAGUUGUUUUGGUGUCCACGGUUCCCUUCACGCAAGAGAAAACACCGAGAGAAUUACGGGGAAGGGAGUGACGGAGAUUGCAAGUUGGGUGGAAAACUGAUCAAUCGCUUGGAGAGACGAAUUCAGCGGCGUGAAUUUGCUUGACGAAAUCAUUGAAAUUCUGAGAACGAGAAUCGAUAUAUGGCCUAGGCUCACAGCAGACGUGGUGGCACAGCUUAAGGUCAGAGAUCGGUUCUUUCCUCAUCUGCUGGCUUUUUAUAUCCUUCCAGCUUGUACAGUUUCCUCCCACGAUUUAUUCAAGCCGAUGGAAACGAGCGAGUUGCUGGGAGAGAUCGCAUUUUGGGAGUCAACUGGAUUUCAAAUGUAGGACCGUGAAUUGCAGGAAAGUAGCGCCAGCAGCUGUGUUGCUGCAGAAGUAGAAGGGUUUGUGGGGAACGGAGUUUUAGCUACUCUGCUGAUCAAUCAUCUCCCGAAAAGGGCGAGGAGAGUUUACAGUUGGAAAAGGAAACCUGGUUUCGAGUUAGAGAAAAUGGCUUUCGCAAAUGAGAAGAGACCUCGGUUGAAGCUGCCCAUACCGACGAGAGAUCCUACGAUGUUUACUAGAAAUUACCCUACAGAUUUUCCGGCGCCGAUGCCUUUGCCCUUGCCUCCACCUUUCGCCGGGCAGCAAUAUCCGGAGCCGCAACGACUUCCUCCUGCUCCGCAACAGUUUCUUCCGUCCCCAGCAAACCAUAACCAGGAUGUGUUACUGGAAGAUUUGGAAAGAAUAGGAAUUUUGGGGUCCGGGAGUGGUGGGAAAGUGUACAAAGCUCGUCAUAAGCGAAGCGGCAAGAUCUACGCUUUGAAAUGUAUUCAGGACAAACACGAGCCCAUGUUGAUGAGACAGAUAAUGAAGGAGAUGCAAAUUCUCCGAGGUGCCAACGAUUCGCGGUUCGUGGUGCAGUGCUACGGGGUUUACGAAAGAGGAGGUGAGAUUAUGUUCGUGCUGGAAUAUAUGGACGCUGGCACCCUGGCAGAUGUACUUCAUAAGCAGAAAAAGAUCUCCGAAGAAUACUUGGCCGAAAUGACGAGGCAAGUGUUGACCGGCCUUGCUUACUUGCAUAAGAAAAAGAUAGUGCAUAGGGACAUAAAACCAUCAAAUCUGCUGCUCAACAAUAAGCAAGAAGUGAAGAUUGCCGAUUUUGGGGUAAGCACCGUACUUGCGCAUACAAUGGCUCAGUGCAACUCAUUUGUGGGAACCUGUGCAUAUAUGAGUCCUGAGAGGUUCAAUCCGGAUGGAAAUGGAGGCAAUUACGAUGGAUACUCUGCCGACAUAUGGAGCUUGGGCCUAACCCUUUUAGAGUGCUUUAUCGGUCGCUUUCCAUGCCUUAAGCCUGGGGAGAGACCAGACUGGCCCACUCUCAUGUGUGCAAUUUGCCUGGGUGACCCUCCUUCUCCGCCCCCGGAAGCCACGCCUAACUUCAGAAACUUCAUCAGAUUGUGCUUGCAGAAGGAUGCUUUGAGAAGACCAACUGCCGAGCAGCUUCUAAAACAUGCUUACUUGACCCAGUACGAAGGUCAGCCUUGCAACCUUGCGACCCUGUUACAAGGGCUCCAAGUAUAGUUGAUAUCAAACACGUUCGAUUGGCCACGUGCUCCUAGUUCUUCCUCGAAGAAGGUGAUGAUACAGGAGGUCCGGUCGAACUCGAGAUGGGUGCCCAAGUAGUGAGCCCCAUGGACAAAGUGUUUUGGAGGAAUUUUUGGUGGUUGGGAUAAUAAGUGGAAAUUCCGUGACUGUAGAGGACUCAGCUUCUGGACCCGUAGAUUCGACUUUUGUGCAUAGAAAUACUCGCAGAGAGAAGAGGAGGAAUCAACGAAGCAGACAAACCGGUGCGGAACGAUGAUCUACCAAUCUUGUCAAGGUCUGAGAUGGGUUCACUCCCCUGUGAUGGUCUUGUAAAUUUGUAUCCUCUUCACAAAUCUUUACUUGGUAUGUAUAUCUGCUUGUACCUGCUGGGCUACGAUCCAUGCAGCAACUUCUGUUCGAACUGGGGCAGAAUCAGUUUUUUUGGUGCUUAGGUUGGUUGGGACUUGUAGCGGUAACAUUAUAAGCUUUGGGAAGCGGAUGUGACUAGACGCCUACACCAUGUUCACGUGAGGCCGAGUUGUUAGUAGCGAAACGGGUAGCUAUAUUUGCGCUCUCUCCUACUGAGAUAGAGCCCACUCGUCCAGACUAGUCAUACGCGGUUCUUUUGCAAAUGAAUCAUGGAUUUCUCAUACGGCAUCAAAAGUUGUGUGUGCAGGACUUCUGCACUCUUCUUUUCAGUCGCAGGAGUUUGUUGAAGCCAGACGGUGCAUCUAUAAGGUUUUCGAAACGGCAGGCCGAACUUUGGCUGUUAAAUGAUGCGUCUUGGUGAACCAAUUGUGCCCAUGAUAAGAUUGUCCACACCUGAAAAUGUAUCAAGGUUGUAUUAUACGUCCCUUUGUUGACACUUUCUUUUGAUCUUCUACAAGAAGUGAAGAGGAUGAGCCAAAGAGCCAUUUAAAACUUGAAUUUUUUAUUCGUUUAGAUGACAAAGCACAUAAGCCUUCUCAUUCGUUCCCAUUCCGUUGUUGUUAAUUGAUAUCAAUAGUUGGUAGUCGACUACGUUAGUCCAUCUUCUGUUGCGAAGUAUCUGGUUGUACAUCUCUUUCAGGCAGCCUUGGUCUAGAGUGUCUACUCCUGUGAUAUCCUUCUCACGCAAUCUCCCUCUUUUAUCAAUUUCUUUUUGACACAUGCGGAUGCUAUAAGGUAUCGUCAUUUAGAAAUUCUCGCCCCUUUUAACUCUUUUUCACGCUUGAAGAAGAGUUACUCAUCAGUUAAUUUAUUUGAAACACGCGUACAUGCUACCGAGAGGGUUGGCAUCAGUUGUUGUGUACAUUUACACCCACUGUUCGCCGACAGUUACGCUCUUAUCACAUGUCGUAUUUAUCUUCAUGCUU